AUGCGGUGUAAAGUCCUCGUCUGCGCCGUCCUUUUGACUCUCAUAAAGCAUGUAUGUUCAACUGAAGUACAGGCUGGCCCAAAUACAAAUGCAACCCUCCACUGUAAUGUUACGCUCCCAAAAGGGGAUAAAAUAGUGGAGUCUCUGAUCAGAGCUAAAUGGAUGAGUAACGGCUCGGACAUCGCCUCAUUUGAAGAAGGAAAGACACAAAUAAAGGAAGGUUUCAGCUGGAUCACCACUGAUUUCGUCAAUGGAGACUUUUCUCUGACUGUCCUCAAAGCCGGUCUCAGCCUGCAGGGGGUGUAUGAAUGCACAGUCAGCUACGACUCCACACAGCUGCACUUCAGUAAUGUUACUUUUAGUAUCCUUGCCUCCCCCACUGUCUCCGUCCCUCAGCAGUGGGUUGUAUUAGAGAGAGAGAGCCACCUUAAAUGCCAUGCAGUUGGAUUCUACCCUCCUCCUGUCUCUUUCUCAUGGAUAAGAGACGGACGAGAGAUUCAACCUCCUUACCAGGUUGAAGGUGAACAGACUGCAGAUGGCUUCUACACAGCAGAAGCGAACCUGACCUUCUGGCCAUCUCGUGAUGACCAGAAUGUGACCUUUGGCUGUAAGGUGUCACAUAAUGGCAUGACUCAACAGCUGGAAUUUCUUCUGAAUAUCACCCAUGUUCCUUCUGUGAGUCUUUCUGUUGUACCAUCAAGUGCCAAACACAUUCCUCUCACCAUUUACUGUGACGUGGAGAGCUUCUACCCAGAGGAGGUGUCUGUUUCCUGGCUUCAAAAUGGCACCGUCCUGCCUGAGCCCCCGAGGGCAGAGCAGAACCCAGAUGGGACCUACAGGACCAGACGCUAUUAUACUUUGAGCCCCGAACAGAGGGAGCAGAGUGGAGAGGUGGAGUGUGCAGUGAACCAACCUGGCGUCGUGAAGCCAGUCUCAUUCUCAGCAGACCUUGAAAAACUGGAUCCCCAAGAUGAGCCUCCGGUGUUGACUAAAUCCGCCAAAGCAUCUGUGGCAAUGAUGUGUAUUUCUCUGGUUCUGGUCUUCCUGCUCUGCUUCGGUUUUUCUUGGAGGAGAAGAGAUGAGAAACAGAAAUCCCUGAACGUGUCUGGCAUUAUCCUCCCUCCACGUGUGAUAGUAGGCCAAAAGGGCAGGGUGUCGGUGAGUAUUGAGGGGAGGAGGGUUGACCGAGUCCAGACGGCGUGGUUCCUCAACGACACCCCCAUCUCUGACACCUCCCUCACAGCCUCAGAGAAAGGUGCCCUGCUGCCCUCUAGAGGUGAGAUGGGUUACUACAAGCUGCACACCCAGAGCCCACUGCACUCAUCCAGAAGUGGGACUCAGCAGCUCAUCUCCUCGCUCACCUUCAUCCCUCAGAUUGCAGUCCACAAAGGGGCAGUGUUUAAGUGCCAGGUGUCCUACCUGGGCAAGGACAAGAUUGUAGAGGAGAGAGUGUCCGAAAAAUUCACCAUUCUGUCUGCUCCAGAAGUGUCAGAAAUCCAGCUGGCAGAGACGCCGGGUGACUCAGAUGUUAUCAGCAUGACAGUCCAGGCUUCACAUUUCCAUCCAGAUGUCAUCACUUUCCGCUGGUUCUGCCAGGGGGGCGAGCUGAGCCCCGUGGCCUCCCAGGCCUCAUCCUCCCCUAGACCAAACUCUGAGGGCUUCUUUUCAGCCUACAGCCAGUGUAAGCUGCCACGCACUGAACUGGAAAAGGGAGGCACCAAAGUCUGGGUCAGCGUCCACCACAUCGCACUGAAGCAGCCGGUCACCCGUGAGACCAGAGGCUUCAUCAGGAGGCCCUGUGUGUCAGAGAUCACCAGCUCCACUUCUUCAGAUCAGACGCUGAUGCUGGGAUGUGAAAUCACAGAUUUCUACCCUCCCAACAUUUCAGUCAUCUGGCUGAAAAUGAGAGAGGGAGAGCAGGAUGACAGAGAGGAGGAGAUGAUCAAGGGAGGAGAGAUGUGGGGCCCUCUGGAGUCUGAGCCCAGACUCUUCAGGGCCACAGCCACUUUGAUGAGAAAGGCUGCGAAUCAGGAGAAAAAGGAGCGAUCAGGGGGGAUUAUUUGUAGAGUGGAGCACUGCUCUUUACAGGAACCCAUUGAGAGACACUGGAGCAAUGUUGACAUUGUUGCUCCCUCCAUUCCUCCAUCAAUCUCAGUUUGUUGGAGCAGUGAAGGUGUGGGUGUUUUCUCCCUCCUGCUGAAGGGAGGGCAUCCCAAAGUCAAAGUACUCUGGGCAGCAGGUGGAAACACACUCUCACCACUGACUUCCAGUGAGACAGAGGAUAUAGGAGACAAUGGACAGAGGGAACUGAAAAGUGUGUGUGCCCUGGAGAAGUCAACAGGUCCACCGAGUCGGACAGACAAACAGUCAAGGAAGAAGAGGAGCGGACAUGCAAUAAAAACUAAAGCAGCUGUCACAGACCCCAACACCGAAGGAAUAGAAUACAUCGACGAAAAAGUGGAUGGAGAAAACAACAACAUAGAAAGAGAGGAGGACACCAGGUCAGAGGUGGAUGAAGACAGCGAUAAAGAAGGAGAGGAAGACUCGGGCGCUCUGCACAUAAACAGAGUCAACCUGACCAGAGGGCCGAGGGAAAGUGAGAGAGCACGUUUGAGAGUGUGUGUGGAGAUCACACACCCUGCACUCAAACUUCCUGUUUACAGAACCUGGACAGAGCCCAAUGAGGAAAUUUCAUCCUCCACAUGAAAACUACAAGUGCCUCUUCAUUUCAUAAAUAAAGUACUGUGUAUAUAUCUCUAUAGUUAAUAUGUAGUUGAAGUAGGCUUUAGACUGUUUCAUCUUUUGCAUGAGAUCAAUAAAUGUGGUUACGCUCUUUAUUUAUUACCUCAUGUCCCUUAAUCUGUCAUCCAUGCUUUUCCUUUCCUUAAGUAUUGUGAUUUUUACAAAUGUGCAUAUUUUUAUACAAAGCAUUUUAAAAUUAUACUACUAUUGUUCUGUAUUUUUUCUAAAUCUACAUUUGAAAAUAAAAUUUAAAUCAGU